AUGGAUUCCGCGGAGUAUGUCACAUUUCAGGAAAAAGCGCUAGCCGCUGUGACGCAGGUUAUUCGCACCGCGAGUCAUCUCGCUUCUGAGGAUUUGACUUUCCACCGCACCAACAGCAGCGAUGUCACCGAGGCGCUCGACGAGCAGACCGAAAGGAUCCUUACCUUGACUUCGGCGGUGUUGAAAGCAGCCACAAAUGGAACAGACCUCCAACCACCGACGCUGGAAAACGAAGGCGAAGAAUCAUUGGACGACAAAAAUUGGCGCGAUGUGGUCGAUGUGAUCGAUACACUUUUGGAAAAGGCAGAUGCGUGCCUCGAUGAGUUCACGGGCGUCAUCAAGAAAUUGAGUCCGUCACUGGAAGAGCAGGCCCCCCCUGUGAGGAAGGCUCCAACAUUCCCGACCACCUACGACUACGGCCCGUCAAAAAUCCCAAAGCCACAACUGAACUUUGAUCACAAAGCUGAUAACUCAGACCUGGGUCCUUUCCGGCCUCUACUCAAAUCUAAGCCACAUGCGACUGUACCGCUGGAAAGAUCGUUGCAAACACAAGAGAUUGGCGGGAAAGAAGCCUACCCGAGUCCUUACGAAGCCGAGAUUCGCGCCUCGAAAUACCCGAAGGCAGUUUACGAGAUUUCGCCUCCGGUCGAUUACCUACCCUUUGAGGACACAACCGCCACCUGGGUCGAUACUUUUGAUGGAGUCAAGGAAAUGCUGGCAGAGCUGAAAGAGGCGAAGGAGAUCGCGAUUGAUUUGGAACACCACGAUGUGCAUUCCUACCAUGGCCUUGUUUCACUGAUGCAAAUCAGCACACGGAAUAAAGACUGGAUCGUCGAUACCCUCAAGCCAUGGAGACAAGAGCUUCAAAUUCUAAACGAAGUGUUUGCGGAUCCCAAGAUUCUGAAAGUGUUACAUGGUUCUAAAUCUGAUAUAAUCUGGCUUCAGCGUGAUCUGGGUCUGUACAUGGUUGGCAUGUUUGACACUUUUUACGCCGCAUCUGCUUUGGGAUACCAGAAGAAGAGCUUGAAAUAUCUGCUCCAGAAAAUCGUCAACUUCGAAGCCAACAAGCAAUACCAAAUGGCCGAUUGGCGUAUUCGUCCGCUUGACCCUGGCAUGUUUGACUAUGCACGUUCUGAUACCCAUUACCUUCUGUACAUUUACGAUCAUCUACGAAACGAGCUCAUCGAAGCAUCGGAACCCGAUAACAGCCUGAUCGACUACGUCAACGAGCGAUCGCAGAACGAGGCACUCCAACGAUAUGAGCGCCCGGUCUAUGACGAAAAGAACGGAUACGGCCAAGGAGGGUGGUAUGAGUUACUGACUCGCAACUCCGGCGUACUCAGCAAAGAGCAAUUUGCCGUUUUCAAGGCUGUACACAAGUGGCGCGAUGAGGUUGCACGGGAGGAAGAUGAGGGCUCACAGUGUGUUUUUCCGAAACAUGUCCUCUUCCGACUGGCUCAGACCAUGCCGCUUGACAUGGGGACCCUACUCCGCACCGUAUCACCCAUGACCCCAAUCACCAAGGAACGCAUAGACAGUCUUCUAGACACCAUCAAAGAAGCCAAGGUUGCUGGUGCCACCGGUCCUGAGUGGCGUGAUGUUCCGCCGCCGCCAAAAGCUGCUCCUAGAGCUGUAUUGCCUGUUGCUGAACCUUACGAAAAGUCUCAAUUCUGGGGUACCACUUUGGAUGCCCGCCAGCCUCCUAAACCUCUCGAGUAUGCUCUUAAUGCCUUCACUGAGGCAAUUCGGCUCUCUCUUCCCUUGCCGCCCAUGCCAUCCACCGUCUCUGAGGCUCGCGAGAAGUUCGUUGAUGUGAAGGUUCCAUCUCCCAAGGCGGAAGCUUCGCCUGUCGCUACCCCCCCGGCUCCUGAGGAAAAGAAAAUUUUCACUGUUAAGGAACUUGGCGGUCCUCGCAAGCGCAAAGUCACCCCUGUUGAGAAGCCAGAGAAAGAUGUACUGACUCUUGAUGGCAUGGAUUACACUGACGACGAAGAAUCCGAGGCGAUGCAGCGCAAGAAGGCGCGCAAAGAGAAGAAGCGGAAAGCCAAGGAAGCUGCUCAGGCUCAGGCCGACUCUACUCCCUUCGAUUAUGGCGCCGCAGACUCUGUCUUACAUGCACCUUCGGCGCAGGCCCCUGGAAUGCAGUCUAAGCAUAAGAGGGCUUAUAACCCUUACGCAAAGGCGCUUGAGGCUCCAUCGGGUGUGCGCCAUACCAAGCGCGACAUCGCUGGCAAGUCUAUCACUUUCCGCAAGUGA